AUGUUAAUUUUCUUAUUUCAUACUUUGUAUUAUAUUGUUAUGAAACAUGUUAAAACUUCGCUUCUCACUUCAGGCUCAGUUUACAAUGAAGAAUGCCUUAAAUUUAUGGAUAAUUUGGUUAGUUUCGCCAAAGAAUGUUGCGGACUAGAUGCAUCCAAAUCCUUCAACCGAGUUGAUUUGAAAAAAUCAAUUCUCAAUGCAACCAGAUCAAAAUCAUUGACCAAAUUCAUUCAAACCUUAUCAAUAAACGAUAAGAAGAACUUGCUAAACCUAUCUUCCAUGGAAUGUCCUGUGAUUUGUCCCAGUAAAAAGAUGAUUCUUCCCCCGAUAGAAUCUAUGCCUAGCAAUAUCAUGAAAUCUUCCAAAAAAUUGAGGAAUUUUUUCGGCAUACCUGAACUCCAGGUUUGUAGAGGAUGUGUAAAAAGAGGAAGAUGUAGAAGAUACCAACAGGUUGAAAGGGGAGUUCCGGACCUUUCUGAUUUGGGAGCAGUAAUGAUAGGAAUGUACUCUAUUUGUAAAAUUCAUUUGAACGGCAAUGAUUUGAUAGUUCCAGAGUUCGCAUUUAGGGAACUUUUUUCAGUUAAUUCAGUCCUGAAUUCCUUAAAAAAAUAUUUUAAAGAUUUCAAUAUUGAAACAAAUAUACCAAGAGGUGAUGAUACUGCCUGUUUAAGAGAGUUGCGUAGAGCUAAAAGAGAUCAAGAGAGAAAGAAACUUGAAUUAUUGAAGGAAAAGGGUUAUAACAUAACACCAAAAAGAACUACUUAUAUGACGUCAUUUCAGAGGAGUUUGUACAAUAAACUAUACGGUAAAGGGAAAAGAGUUGAGGAGGAAUUUGUGUGGGUACAGGACUUGGAAGAUAACUCAAUCCCAGACGAAAAUUCUAAGCUUGAAAAGAUUAACAAGGCUGAAAUAGAUAUUAAAUCGGAUCCUCAUCAUCUAGUUGAUGAUUCUUAUUCUAAUAUUCAGAAAACUAUGGAUAAAAUAGAAGAUCUGGACACAAAGGAUAUUCAGUUCAGAAUGGAGUAUUCUGAACCACUUGGUACUGAGACUAAUUUGGUUCGCUAUGACGUAAUGAACGAUAAGAAUAUAGAGGGAAUAAAGAUAAAUUCAAGGGGGAAAUUUGUAGUGGACCUCGACAGGAAUUUGAGAAAUCGAGAUUUAAAUGACUUGGAGUACAAAAACCACGAAAUUUCAAUGUACAAGGUCCCAAACACUAAGAAACUAGGCUCACUUUCAAGAUUUAUUGAUAAUUUGGACUCCUACCCAAAUGACCUUUCAUUUCUGAAAAGAGUGCCCUACAACUACAAAUGCCAGAGUUCAGGUGAAACCCUGAAGCCUAAAGCAGAAACAAUUCUGGAGGACAAGGAAAACCUUGAGCAAAUAGCACUGGCUCUGGAGUCUAAACAGAAUUUUAAAAUUGUUCACUAA